AUGGAUUUCGUCAUUAUUCAACGACCUAUUGUUCUGCGUCUGGCCGUGGCAGGUUUAUUAAUUUCCUCCUUCUUUAUACCCUACAUUCGACGCUUCACGGUCCCGGCGCUACCCAUCUUUACGUGGCUGAUCACCUUUUACGCUUGCCAGUUUAUUCCUCUGGAUUAUCGACCGCAUCACAUUUUCGUGAAUAUCUUACCGACCCUCGAACGUAUUCUGUACGGCGCAAGUUUGUCCGAAAUCAUUUCCCAACACACGCACCCGAUUCUCGACGUGCUGGCAUGGUUACCCUAUGGUGUCAUUCACUUUUCUUUCCCCUUUAUCCUGGCAUUGUGUCUGUUUGUGUUUGGUCCUCCCGGCUGCGUGGCCACUUUCGGUCAGGCGUUUGGCUUUAUGAACAUUGCCGGUGUCUUGACCCAAUUACUGUUCCCCAAUGCUUCGCCAUGGUACGAAAUGAGCUACGGCUCGGCUCCGGCGGAUUACUCGAUUCCUGGCGAAGCCGGUGGAUUGGCCCGGAUUGAUAAGAUUUUGGGAUUGAAUUUGUAUGGUUCGACGUUUGGGACUUCGCCACUUGUGUUUGGCGCUUUUCCAUCGUUGCACUCGGGUUCGGCCACAAUUGAGAUGCUGUUUUUGGUGUAUUUAUGUCCAAAAUUGUGGCCAUUGGGGAUUGCUUACACCAUGUGGUUGUGGUGGUCCACCAUGUACUUGACUCACCAUUAUCUCAUUGAUCUCGUGGGCGGUUCCAUUUAUGCGUUUUUGACCUUCUUCGUGGCCCGGCAAUACUUGCCUCGCGUGCGUAUGGAGGCCAAGACUCGUCUGGCCUACUUUGGUGUCAACAAGAUUGGGAUUCCCGCGUUCUUCUACAGCAUCGAACCUUCCAAACCGUCGUUUGUGUCAUUGCAAGAUGAUGAGGAAGCGUUACUCAGCAAAGAAUACAAUCCGGAUAAACAAACCGACGAAAUGUCCGAAGCGCCGCUUAAUCUUGACUUUGUUCCUCUUCGAUUGCGACGAACCGACAGUGAUAAUGACUCUCUCGUGUUAUCCCCUGCCUCGCUCACAUCUGGCACUUCCUCCGCGACCAAUUCCGAACCCACCUCGCCCGUUACACCUCACUCUCCCAUGUCCUUCCGACUUCCCUACGGCGAAAAACCCUAA